AUGCAUGGAAUCCAUAUCCACCCAGAAACAUCAAACAAGGAAUCUUUACCCACCCAGAAACCUCAAACAAGGAUAACACUCAAGGAAACCAUACCCACCCAGAAACCUCAAACAAGGAUAACACUCAAGGAAACCAUACCCACCCAGAAACCUCAAACAAGGAUAACAGACAAGGAAUCCAUACCCACCCAGAAACCUCAAACAAAGGAUAACAUUCAAGGAAUCCAUACCCACCCAGAAACAUCAAACCAGGAUAACAGUCAAGGAAUCCAUACCCACCCAGAAACCUCAAACAAGGAUAACAGUCAAGGAAUCCAUACCCACCCAGAAACCUCAAACCAGGAUAACACUCAAGGAAUCCAUACCCACCCAGAAACCUCAAACCAGGAUAACACUCAAGGAAUCCAUACCCACCCAGAAACCUCAAACCAGGAUAACAGUCAAGGAAUCCAUACCCACCCAGAAACCUUAAACAAGGAUAACACUCAAGGAAUCCAUACCCACCCAGAAUCCUCAAACCAGGAUAACAGUCAAGGAAUCCAUACCCACCCAGAAACCUUAAACCAGAAUAACACUCAAGGAAACCAUACCCACCCAGAAACCUCAAACAAGGAUAACACUCAAGGAAUCUUUACCCACCCAGAAACCCCAAACCAGGAUAACACUCAAGGAAUCCAUACCCACCCAGAAACCUCAAACCAGGAUAACACUCAAGGAAUCCAUACCCACCCAGAAACCUCAAACCAGGAUAACACUCAAGGAAUCCAUACCCACCCAGAAACCUCAAACCAGGAUAACACUCAAGGAAUCCAUACCCACCCAGAAACCUCAAACAAGGAUAACACUCAAGGAAACCAUACCCACCCAGAAACCUCAAACAAGGAUAACAGUCAAGGAAUCCAUACCCACCCAGAAACCUCAAACCAGGAUAACACUCAAGGAAUCCAUACCCACCCAGAAACCUCAAACAAGGAUAACAGUCAAGGAAUACAUACCCACCCUGAAACCUCAAACCAGGAUAACACUCAAGGAAUCCAUACCCACCCAGAAACCUCAAACAAGGAUAACACUCAAGGAAUCCAUACCCACCCAGAAACAUCAAACCAGGAUAACAGUCAAGGAAUCCAUACCCACCCAGAAACCUCAAACAAGGAUAACAGUCAAGGAAUCCAUACCCACCCAGAAACCUCAAACCAGGAUAACACUCAAGGAAUCCAUACCCACCCAGAAACCUCAAACCAGGAUAACACUCAAGGAAUCCAUACCCACCCAGAAACCUCAAACCAGGAUAACAGUCAAGGAAUCCAUACCCACCCAGAAACCUUAAACAAGGAUAACACUCAAGGAAUCCAUACCCACCCAGAAUCCUCAAACCAGGAUAACAGUCAAGGAAUCCAUACCCACCCAGAAACCUUAAACCAGAAUAACACUCAAGGAAACCAUACCCACCCAGAAACCUCAAACAAGGAUAACACUCAAGGAAUCUUUACCCACCCAGAAACCCCAAACCAGGAUAACACUCAAGGAAUCCAUACCCACCCAGAAACCUCAAACCAGGAUAACACUCAAGGAAUCCAUACCCACCCAGAAACCUCAAACCAGGAUAACACUCAAGGAAUCCAUACCCACCCAGAAACCUCAAACCAGGAUAACACUCAAGGAAUCCAUACCCACCCAGAAACCUCAAACAAGGAUAACACUCAAGGAAACCAUACCCACCCAGAAACCUCAAACAAGGAUAACAGUCAAGGAAUCCAUACCCACCCAGAAACCUCAAACCAGGAUAACACUCAAGGAAUCCAUACCCACCCAGAAACCUCAAACAAGGAUAACAGUCAAGGAAUACAUACCCACCCUGAAACCUCAAACCAGGAUAACACUCAAGGAAUCCAUACCCACCCAGAAACCUCAAACAAGGAUAACACUCAAGGAAUCCAUACCCACCCAGAAACCUCAAACAAGGAUAACACUCAAGGAAUCUUUACCCACCCAGAAACCUCAAACCAGGAUAACACUCAAGGAAUCCAUACCCACCCAGAAACCUCAAACAAGGAUAACACUCAAGGAAACCAUACCCACCCAGAAACCUCAAACAAGGAUAACACUCAAGGAAACCAUACCCACCCAGAAACCUCAAACAAGGAUAACAGACAAGGAAUCCAUACCCACCCAGAAACCUCAAACAAGGAUAACACUCAAGGAAUCCAUACCCACCCAGAAACCUCAAACCAGGAUAACACUCAAGGAAUCCAUACCCACAUAGAAACCUCAAACCAGGAUAACACUUAA